CGGAGGUUUGGUGUAGCUAUAACUUCCAGCAAAGCCUGAUAGACAUUUGUGUCAUUAACCUCUGCAGCAGAACCGUAAGCUAUUUCACAACACUUCACGUGUAAACUUAUGCUCUAAGAAAGUUAUACACUGGUUGCGGAUUGGGUUGCCUGAGGCUUUCUGCCCAAUGCCUUAGCUGCUAGUGUCUAUCGGUACUACACACUUACCCCUAGAACUCUGGAUUUGGAUACAUGUAUUUUUAGUUAUCUACAGGAAUACCUUCUGGCCAGGAAUAGCAUCAUGCACAGUGAGGAAAGACAACUGCUUAAGAGCUACUUGGAAAAAGAAAACUGUAAACAUGGCAGCUGCUGAACCGGCACCAAGACGAAUUUAUCAGCAAAGGUCUAGGCUAACUUCACUGCCUUUAUACUAUGAGGGUUUUCUGUGGAUCAAGCAAGGUAGAAGUAAGGAAGUCAAGUACUGGACUGAACUGCGAGGAACAAAACUAUUCCUCUACGGUGACAAAAAACAAGAAAAGUUUACUGGGAGCAUAGACCUGCAGUAUUUGUCCUCGGCAACAGACAAAUAUUCCAACCAGAAACAAUGGACAGAAGUUAUACUGCAGUUACCGAAUGAGGAAGUGUACAUAAAGACUGAAACUGCAGAAGAUGCUGAAGAAUGGAAAGGCUUUAUUCUGACUGUGUCUCAGCUAUCAGUUCCAACUUCUCUGACUUUGUUACCUGGACAAAUAAUUCAACUAAAAGAGGUCUUAGAAAAGGAGUCAUCAAGGAGAGCAUCAGAGAGUUUUGAAGAGCCUGUACCUGUACCUGACAACCUUUCACCAGUUUUUUCAUCAACUUAUGAAGACGUAGAGAAAACAAAUGCAAUGCCUACGUGUUUUUACUCUGUAACUCGCCAGCAAGCUACUGAAAUGCUCAUGAAUGAUGAAGAUAGCGGCAGUUUAAUUCUUAGGCCUGGUGCAGACUGCAAGAACUAUGCUGUAACAAUUCGCGAGCCAACGGAGAAUAGCUCCAGGCCUCAGGUUAAACAUUACAAGGUUGUAAAAACAGAUCGUGGCUUCACCAUCGAAUUAGACAGGCCUGUUGUACUUAGCAGUCUUCAUGAAGUUGUUGAUCACUUUGUUGCUGAAACCAGAGGAAAGCUAAGGCCCUAUAAUUCCAGUAUUUAUGACACACAAAUUGAUUACAUUGUUAAAGAGGCUGAAAAAAAAGCUAACAAUGACACUGAAAAGAAAACUCAGUCCAAAAUUAAGCUUUUAGUGAAUCAGUUUUCCCAGGAAAGAUCUAUACCGAUUCGUGGAAUGGAAAAUGCAUACGUUAACGUAUUUCCAAGAUGAAUAUAUAACAACACAAAAAAGCAGGAGUAAUGUCCAUCUGAACACUUUACUGUGGAGCAAGAUUUUGGAUGAAACCAUAUUUAAAGAAAUUAAAGCGCUAUUUAUAUAUAGUUAAAGUACUAACUAUGAAUUUACCUGGAAACAAAAUAGAAACAAGUGCAACCUUUACUUGCUGCUUCCUUCUUUAGUCACACAUUUCUAUUCAGAUGUCUCAUAUACAUGUGUGUUUUUGGGGGCCAUUCACAGGAACACUGCUUCAAUGAUCUUCUAUCUACACACAUUGGCCAACCCACAUGUUGCACCACCAGAUCAGAAGGCCCUAAGCCUUCUAAUUUAUUGAAAUCUCUAUGAACACUAGUCUCUUUACUUAUUUUUUCAUGGAUUUUUAAGCAACUUUAUCAUCCAUGAAAUUCAAAAAAUUCCAUUUGAUUCAAUUUCCAUAAAGCUUUAUAUGAUUUCUGCUGUGUGGUUUUGAGGUCUAUACUGGUAGAGAUAAAGCUCAGAUGUCAAUGCAUAUUUGCAACAUGCACAACAAGAUGUUAAAAGAUGACAUAGAUGUUAUUUAAAGAAAAAGAUAAAAAUAAAAUAUAAGGCCACUUUAAAUUAUUCAUAUAAAACAGAAAAUGUUUCCUAAACCGUGUGCUGACAGCAUGGUUAGGACAAUCUGACUAUAGAUUAAUAUUAAUACAAAUCCUUAAUAUGAAGCCCAUACAAGUUUAUUGGACAUUGGGGGAGGUUAAUCAAAACUUGUGUAAAUGGUAAGUUCUCCAGUUGCCUAUAGCAACCAAUCAGAAAAGAGCCUCUGAAUAAUUACAUAAGCAAUCUGGUUGCUAUGGGCAACUGGUCAACAUUUUCUCUACAAAGGGUUUGAUAAAUCUCCCCCAUUGUAACUAUGUAUAUUUUCAGUUUCAUUCAGAGGAUUUUGAUGUUAAUUCUUUAUGAACCAGGCAGUAAAGAAAGUGUGACAUUGUCAUUUGGAUGUCUAAUGUACCGUGACAAAAUUCUUCCAGGGGAGUUCUCACUGUUCCAAGGAUCUUCUGUUGGCAUGUAUUUUUGAACCCUUGUAUUCCACCACAAGAUCAAAAGGCCCGUAGUCUUCUGCCUGCUAAUAUGUAGUAUUCUCAAUGAACACCUCUCUCUUUUUUGUCUUGAAGUGUUUUUAAGGCAACUUUAUUGUAUUUAUCUUACAGAUUUUAAACAUGUCAAAUAUAAAUCUUUGUUCAUUUCCAUAAGUCUUUUUAUAAUAUAUUUCUGCUAU